AUGCAAAGAGAGGAAUUUUCAUAUAAUGCAAAGCUUGCUGACUCCCUUGCUUUAAAUUGAAUAAAAAAUCCCCCUCGAAUUUAAAGGCAGUUAAUUUUUUUUAAAAUUAAAAAUACUUAAUUUGCAUCAUAUUUAUAUUUAUGAAAAUUAAUCAGAUUUAACAUGGAAAAAAUUCUUAUAAUUUCUAUUGAAAAAAUGGAAAUUUUACCUCCAUUUUGCUCCUUAUUUAAAAGUAGGAGUGAGCACUCUGAAAGAUAUGGAGACAUGAUAGCCUCAAUGAAAAGCUUAAUUGACGAGGCCAAUGGAGAUAUCAAUAACGAAGAAAGGACACUUCUUAGCGUUGCAUAUAAGCAAGCAGUCGGAGAACGCAGGAAUGCAUAUCGUAUAAUCAGCAGCUAUGAACAAAAACAAAAAUCUAGAGGGCAAGGUAACUUACUCCCCUUUAAGGGCCAUUAGCUUUUUUUGCUCACUCUUAAAGGGGUUUAUUUUUAUAUUUUUAAAAAAAAAAUUAUAAUAAAAGUAGUUUUAAAAUUUUAAAAAUCUAAAUUUGUAAAUAUAUCAUAGAUAUUAUUAAUUGUUUUUGCAUAAAUAAUUUAUAUUGAAAAUGCUAUCUAGCAAAUAAAUAUUUUCUCAAAAAUAAGCAUCUUCUAGCUGCUUUGCUCACUCUUAAAGUAGGAGUUAGAAAUCACUCAAGAAUACAAGGAAAAAAUUAAUAAAGAGCUUCAUGCCCUCUGCUCAGAAAUAAUCUGUCUGAUCGAAAGCAAUUUCUAAUUGAAAAACUUACAAGCAAAUAUUGUAUAGAAAUAAAUUAUUCUAAUUUUUCACUCCAUGCAUCUGUUAGUAAAUUAAUGAUUUUGCUUAUUAAAAAAUGUUUGUCUGGAUAGUUGAGGAAAAUAAAUAAGAUCAAUUUCUCUCAAUCAAAAUUUUUUGUCUGAUCGACCAAAAACUAUUGCGUGAUAGCGAUCCAGAUGAUAUCAAGCUCUUCUAUAUCAAAAUGAAAGCUGACUAUUACAGAUAUAUGUCAGAGUCAGGAGAUGCUGCUGCAGUAGAAAGCAGUAAUGAAGCAUAUCAGCAGGCCUCAGAUGUGGCGAAGAAUUUACCAGCAAACAAUCCAAUCCGCAUUGGCUUGGCAUUGAAUUAUUCAGUAUUUAAAUACGAAGUGCUUAAGGAAACUGCUCAAGCAAUUGAGUUAGCGAAGUCAGCUUUUGAUGAAGCGUUACCUCAGCUUGAUGAUUUGGAUGAAAGAGCAUAUAAAGAAGCCACAUCAAUACUUGGCUUGAUUAAAGACAAUCAUAUUAAAAUAGUGUGUCAAAUCAAUCUGGCCUCUUUACUUCUGUAGCCGGUUCGCUAAAGAAGAGGGAGACCUUAAGGAAGUAAGGGAGGAGUCCGAUAUGUGCAUUCAGCAAGGUUUUACUGAUGCAGACUUGACAGCAAUGCCCAGUUGUCAGUCAAUUAAUCAAUUUCUGGGCAGAUUUUCUAAUGAGGAAACAGGACACAGUGCUGGGAAGGUUUUUUUUUUCAGCAGUUCUUAAGGGUGUUUCUCGGCCGAUAUGGACAUUUACCCAGCACAAUUCCGAGUUUUGUGUCCUUGACUUGAGCUUCCAUUCUUGCAGACAGCUAACUCGUAAAUUCGAAGUUUUCCAUUGUACACAAUUCUGUGACACCCUGCAAGGUGAUACAAACCCUCUGAUUUGGGGAGCAAAUGGGUCCAUCGUCUAGAAGGAAUAACAAAGCACUAGGUUGCGUGCGGACUGGUGAUCAAACGUUAGAAGGCAAUACUAAUAAUUAAGACAAUCUAGCAUUGUGGACUAGUGAAGAAGAAGCAGACUAA